AUGCUGCUGCACGUGCCGGUUGUGCCGCUCACACAGACUGUCCCCGAGUUCGCAGCCCUCGGCGUACAACUGCUCUCAUACGACGAGAACCCCAAUAAAAACCGUCCUUUGCGUGUCUGCUGCCGCCUGGUUCUUUCUGUCUCGCCUGCCCCUUCCCGCGCGGCGCUGUUGGGCGAGCGCCUGCACCCACACUGUCCCCACUGCUCCGUGCACAGAGAGGCCAGGGAACAGGAGGGCCCCCCAGUGCCAUCUCUCCCCCGCCGAGGCCCCGGUGCCACCGCUGUGACUAUUUUUAGCUGUGACAUGUGUCACCUCAGCUGCCGCCGAGGCAGGGUGGCGGGGGGAGGCGCGUGCUGCCCCGCUGCUGCUGCUCUGCCGCACGCCGCCUUCGCUCUCCCGCUCGCUGAUCCCACCCUGGCAGCAGAGCCCGGUGCCGGUGUGGGCCAUCAGCUCCCCAGCGCCCACAGCCCCCCACCCAGGUAUAUACGGGAGGAGGACCGGGGGCCACCCCCAUCUGCACCCCCUCUGCUCCUCUCUGUCAUUCCCGGGGGGUUCAUCAAGCAGCUCGUGCGGGAGACUGAGAAGGAGGCCAAGGCAGCAAAGCUGAAGAAGGAGACCAAAGCAACCUUGAAAGAGGAGCCUGCAAGGGAGGACAGUGAGACCCAAGCCAAGGACACCCCAGUUGCUGGAGGAGAGGUGGCCAUCGAGGGGCAGCUGCUGCAGAACGGGGUAAAAGCGGAGCGGCAGGGCAGCAAAGAGGUCCCGGUCCCCCCAUGCAAGGAGCCCAGGAAAGCCGUGUCAGGGGCCAUCCCCAGCAAAGCCCAAUCUCCUACACCCAGUGCGGCAGCAGCUGCCACCAAACCGGUGGAGACCCCUCACCUGGAGGCUCCCAAGGCAGCAAAGUCACCGUGUGCUGAGAAAAGCCCCAAGGACCUUUCCCUGGGGGACAGCCCUGCAGCUCCAGCCACUGCACCCACCAAGGACCCCCAGCACGGCAGCAAAGUCCCGGUGACAGAGGGGGACAAACCCAAGGGGACAGGUCCUGAGAGCACCAAGAAGGAAAAGGGAGCACUCACAAGUCACAAGGAGCCUCCAGUCAAGGCAAGAGUCAAGAAGGAGCUGGGGCCGGCCAGGAAAGAGCCAGAGAAGAUGAAGAAAGAUGUUGGAGGUGGGAAGAAGGAACCACAGGAAAUCAAGAAGUCUGGAAAAACUACAAACAAGUCAGAGGAACUCAAGAGGGAACAGGGAGGGAUCAAAGAAAACACUGAAGAUGUGGCAAAGGAGGUGGGGAAGGUGAAGGAAGAACAGAGAGAGGGGAAAGAGGCACCUGGAGAGAGCGAAGAAGGCAAGAGCAGGGACAAAGACCAGGUUCCGAGGGACGUUUGGUAUGAAGCGGAAAAGGUCUGGCUUGUCCAGAAGGAUGGAUUCACACUCGCCACGCAGCUGAAGCCGGACGUGGGGACCCCUGAGCUGCCAGCGGGAAGGGUGAGGGUGCGCCGGGAUGCAGACGGCAGCGUCACCGAAGUGGACGAGGACAGCAUCCAGAGGACAAACCCCCCCAGCCUGGAUUACGCUGAGGAUCUGGCUGCACUCAUCAGUCUCAACGAGUGCAGCGUGAUGCACACACUGCAGCAGCGCUACCAGUCCAGGCUGCCCUGCACCUACGCCGGACCCGGUCUGGUGGCCAUCAGACCCAGCUUUGCUGCCAGCAGCAGCUCCGGGAAGGCGUUUAAGGGGAAGCGGGACAGCAUGCCAGCGCACAUCUGCUCAGUGGCACAGAGAGCCUACAGGAACCUCCUGAUGCAGCGGCAGGAUCAGGCCAUCGUACCCCUGGGACGCAGCGGAGCUGGGAAGACCACAUGCUGCCAGAGCGCCCUGGAGUACUUGGUGGGCAUGGCAGGCAGCGUGGAUGGCAGGGUCUCAGUGGAGAAGAUCCAGGCGAUGUUCACAGUCCUGGGAGCCUUUGGGUCAGUGACCACCGGCUGUAACAUCAACUCCACGCGCUUCUCCAUGGUCCUGUCACUGGAUUUCACUGCCACUGGCCAGAUAACCGCCGCUCACCUGCAGACCAUGCUGCUGGAGAGGGGCCGUGUCGCUCAGCAGCCCCACGGAGAGAGCAACUUCAACAUCUUUGCCCUGAUGCUGGCAGGGCUGGAUGCGGCACAGAGGACAACACUGCACUUGCACCAGAUGGCUGAGAGCAACUCAUUUGGGAUCAAGCCAUUCUCGAAGCCCGAGGAGAAGCAGAAAGCCUCGGUGGCAUUCACUCAGCUCCGGGCUGCCAUGGGCACGCUGGGCAUCACGGCAGAGGAGCAGGCGGCUGUCUGGCGCAUCUUAGCUGGCAUCUACCACCUGGGAGCUGCUGGCGCCUGUAAAGUUGGCAGGAAACAGUUCAUGAAAUUUGAAUGUGCGAGCAACGCCGCAGAGGUGCUGGGCUGUGACCUGGAGGAGCUCACCACCGCUGUCUUCAAACAUCACCUGAAGCAAAUCCUGGUGCAGGUUACAGCUCGAGGCCACCAGCUACCCCCGGAGGAGGAGACUCCAGCAGGGCCGAAGAUGACGGGUGUGGAAUGCGUAGAGGGAAUGGCUUCGGGUCUCUAUGAAGAGCUCUUUGCUGCGGUUGUCUCCCUGAUCAACAGGUCUUUCUCCUCCCAGCACCUCUCCAUGGCCUCCAUCGCAGUGGUGGACACUCCUGGGUUUCACAACCCGCGGCACCAGCGGGCUGAGCGAGCGGCAACUUUUGAAGAGCUCUGCCACAACUACGUGCAUGAGCGUCUGCAGGCUCUCUUCUAUGAGAAAACCUUUGUUUUGGAAAUGGAGAGGUACAGAGAGGAAAAUGUUGAGGUGUCUUUUGAUCUUCCAGAGCGCUCACCACUGGCCACGCUGUCCAUCAUUGACCUGGGUUCCUCACAGCCACAGACGCUGCCCGGCAGCCCAGGGGCUGAUCGCAGGGGGCUGCUCUGGAUCCUGGAUGAGGAGGUACUGAUCCCAGGCUCCGGGGAUGGUGCUGCCUUUGACCGUCUGUGCUCCUACUUCACCACGAAGGAACCUGAUCAGGAGGGGGAUGUCUACAUGCGCAGGUGUGAGCAGGCGCUGCACUUUGAAAUCUUCCACCAGCUGGGCACAGACCCCGUGCGCUACGACCUCACAGGUUGGGUCAGCAAAGCCAAGCUCAACCUCUCGGCACAGAACGCCAUCCAGGUGCUGCAGCGGUCCAAGGUAGAUACCGUGAAGGAGCUGGUGUUGCCACGCUCGCGGGUGCCGCUGGCCUGCCGUGCCGUGACGGGGCUGGAGGGACGUUCCCAGGCAGUCCUGCACCGCAACGGCUGUGUGAGGAAGACCUUUGCAAGCAGCUUCGCAGCUGUGAAGAAGAGAUCAGUGUGUGCUCAGCUCAAACUGCAGGCGGAUGCGCUCAUGAACCUUCUCCGACGGUCCCAGCUGCACUUUGUCCACUGUCUCCUCCCGGGAACAGAGAUGGAUGGGGUGGACCCUCGGCCCCCUGCACCACCCGACACAGCCCUGUGGCUGAAUGUGCCGGCCCUGCGAGCCCAGCUGGAAGGGAACCAGCUCCUGGAUGCCCUGCGUCUCCACCGCAUUGGGUAUGCAGAUCGCCUGCUCCUUACCCAGUUCCGAAGGCGCUUCCAGGUCCUGGCUCCUGACGUCAUGAAGAAGUACACCUCAGCCUACGAGGUGCCGGAUGAGAGCAAGGCUAUAGAGGAGCUCUUCCAGGCACUGGAUCUGGAGAAGAAGAGUGUUGCCAUAGGACGUAGCCAGGUUUUCUUGAAGCCAGGGGUCAUCUCCAGACUGGAGAAGCAGCGUGACAAGCUGGUAGCCCAGAAGAUGAUCCUUCUCCAGGCUGCCUGCAAGGGCUUCCUCAGCCGUCAGAAGUUCAAGAGGUUGAAGAUCCAGCGCCUUGCUGUCCGCUGCAUCCAGAAGAACCUGGUGGUCUUCCAGAUGGUCCGGCACUGGCCGUGGUGGCAGCUGCUGAGUCGCGUGCGGCCCUUGCUCAGUGUUAACCUCGUAGAAGAGCAGCUCCGUGCAAAAGAAGAGGAGCUGGCAGCGCUGAGAAGAAAGCUGGAAAAAUCCGAGCAGGCAUGCAGCGAGCUCAGGCAGACGGCAGAAAACAUGGAAAGCAAGAUCAUCGACUUGACGACAGAGCUGUCAGAUGAGCGGUACAAGGGUGAUGUCACCUGCCAGUUCCUGGAUGGGGAGCGGGCAGAGAGGCUACGGUGUGCCCGUGAGCUGCAGGAGCUGCAGAGCAAACACGACCAGGUGCAGAAGAAACUGGACUCAGUGGAAAAGCAGCUGGAAGAGGCCCAGCAGCUGGUUCAGUUGCGUGAGAUGAAGAUAAGUGGCUCUGGAGGAGAGGAUGAGUGGCAAGUGCGGUUUGACUGCGCGCAGAUGGAGAUCACCUUCCUGCAGAAGCGGCUGGCACAGCUGGAGGAGCGGCUGGCGUCCGAGCUGGGCACCAGGACGGGGCUCGAGCAAAAGCUCAGCGAGGUGCAGGCAGCAUGCGAGACAGCCAAGAAGGUAUCCCAGCAGCUGCGGCGGCAGUGCAGGCGGCUGGCCUGUGAGCUGGAGGAUGCGCGGGUGCUUGCUGAGAGCCAGCAGAGCCGCAGCCAUGAACUGGAGAAGAGGCAGAAGAAAUUUGACCUGCAGUUGGCCCAGGCCCUGGGGGAGUCUGCCUUUGAGAAGAGCCUCCGGGAAAAAGUGGCACAGGAGAACACCAGCAUCCGGUGGGAGAUGGGCAAACUUCAGCAGAGCUUGGAGCAGAAGGAGGCGGAGGUGGCCAGUCUGGCACAGCGGGUGACGAUGCUGACCAGCCGGGUGCAGGAGCUCAGCACCCCCAGUGCCCUGGAUGCCCGCACUGCGCCUGCGCUCAAGAAGCAGCUUUGGGACCUGGAGGCCAGUGCUGCUGAGCAGCGGAAAGAGCUGGAGCGGCAAACAUCCGCUGUCGAUCACCUGGAGCAGCUCCAUCAGAGGCUAGAGCUGGAGAUAGAGCGGAUGAAGCAGAUUCACCAGAAAGAGCUGGAGGACAAGGAUGAGGAGCUUGAGGACGUGAGGCAGUCUUGCCAGAAGAGGCUCCGGCAGCUGGAGAUGCAGCUGGAACAGGAGUACGAGGAGAAGCAGAAGGUACUGCAUGAGAAGCAGGACCUGGAAGGGCUCAUCGGCACCCUGUGUGAGCAGAUUGGCCACCGCGACUUUGAUGUGGAGAAGCGGCUGCGGCGGGACCUGCGGCGGACGCGUGCUCUUCUCGCUGAUGUCCAGCUGCUGUUGGCGGCCCCUGCGGAGCCCAGCGCUGACAUCCAGGAGCUGGAGCGGCUUCGCAAGCAGUUGGAAGAAAGCGAAGCGAAGUGUGCGGAGGCCCAGAGGUCCCAGCAGAUGGCAGCCUCGGAGCUGGAGAACUUGCACGUGGAGCUGGAGACCCUCAACAGAAACAAGACCCUGGUGGACGAGCAGCUGUAUCAGCUGCAGCAUGAGAGAGCCGACCUCCUGAAACGCAUAGAUGAGGACCAGGAGGACCUGAACGAGCUCAUGGAGAAGCACAAGGCCCUGAUUGCCCAGUCGGCAACAGAUAUUGCUCAGAUACGGGAUCUGCAGACGCAGGUGGAGGAUGUGAAGAAAGAAAAGCAGAGCCUUCAGGAGAAGCUGCAGGCAGCACAGGCAAGAGUGGUGCAGCUGGAGCAGUGCCCACCUGAGCGUUCCAUCGUCAGCCGGCAGGAAGCCCGCAUCCGCGACCUGGAGAGCCAGCUGGACUUCCAGGCUGUGCAGAUGAAGCGCUUUGAGGUGCUGGUGUUGCGCUUGCGAGACAGCAUCAUAAAGAUGGGUGAGGAGCUGGAGAAGGCGGCUGAGUCGGAGGCGCGGGAGAAGGAAAGCACCCGGUACUACCAGAGGAGGAUGGAGGAGAUGAAGGCUGACAUGGAUGAGCUGGUGCAGAGGGAGCUGGAGUCCAGCCGCCGGCGCGUGGAGCUGGAGCAGCAGCUGGCGGAGCUGGCAUCGGUGCGGCAGGUUCUCCAGGCAGAUCUGGGCACCUCCAUCCGACGCAUUGCUGAUCUGCAGGUGGCCCUGGAGGAGCUGCGCUCCAGCGAUGAGAGCGAUGCUGAGAGCGUGCAGACAGCGCGGGAGUCAUUGAGCUCCAGGAGAGAGACGGAUGCCUGCUCCAUCAUCAGCUCCACGCUCAGUCUGGAGCCUGCAGAGAGCAUCAAGUCCUGGCCGGGGUCGUCUGUGAGCCGAUCUUCCCCAGCCAGUGCCAGUGUGGCUGGAAGCAUCUCAGUGCAGUCCGUUGGCAGCCGUAGCACCCAAGGCCUGAGGGUGAGCAGAGACAUCAAGGAACCAGCAACGAGCCGGCCAACUUCUUCCCAGACCGCUGCCAGGUCUGCCGAUGCUGUGGAUCUGGGGAGGAUGAGGAGUCCCUUGCUCAGUGCUAGAAGACGGGACUAUGGAAAACCUCCAGCAGAUGAAGAAGAGCUGGAGAGCCCAAAAAAGCCUGGGGAUAGGAUAGGAGGGACGUCGCCAUUGGUGCUGAGGCGCGGGAGCUCCCCAGCUCCAGACGGGAGGUUCCCCAGCCCGCUGUCUCCAACGGUGCCAAGGAGGAGAGGGCUCUCUCCGGUGGCAGGGCCGGUGCCUAGCUCAUCAGCCGCCCUCUCUGAGUACGUGGAGGAGCUGCGGCGGCAGCGGGGAGCGGAGCGGGAGCAAGGGCUCCCAGCACUGGGUGACACCUCUCCCCUCCCCAUUUACCGCACCACGGGCGCUGCAGCCCUGCGGCGCUCCCGAGCUUUCCCAGCAGCGGAGGAUUCUCUGGGGAAGCUGGACAGGAAUCAGCUGGGGGAAGGUGAAGGAGCAGGCGCCAGCCUUAUGCGCUCCUCCAGCCUGCGGAGCAUGGCCUCGGAGCCAGCCGAGCCGGCACGCUCGCCAGUGCUGAAAAGAACAUCAAAGUUUGGCUCCUACGACUCCCUCCUGCAAACCCUCGAUGGCUCUGGCUACCGGCCGAGCUCUCCAGCUGCGGGGAUGGAGACGACGGGCCCGCUGAGGCUGAGCUCCUGGAGAAGCUGCCUGGAGCCAUCGGUGGAAGAUGUGGAGGUGGAAAGGGGCCCUGGGGGGCUCCUGAGCUCGCCAUCCAGUGAAGGGCUGGGUGAGGGGAAGGGGAGCAAUCCCUUCCUCUGGAGAAUACCCACCCUCAACUUCGAGAGGAAAACCAAUGUUGACUUCGACGACUUCCUCCCAGCCAUUCGCAAAUCCCGCUCCACCAGCAGCCUGGCCAAGCCUGGGAGAGACAGAAAGGAUGGCCACCGGCCCCUCACUGUCCGCUUCCAGGAUGAGGCUGUAGUGGGCAGCUCGGCAUCCUCUGAGGCAAAGGGCAUGGCCAAGGGCAGCCCAGCCCCCCAUGAGGACCCUGGGGAGCACUCUGACUCCUCCUCAUCCUCUGGCUCUGUCCUCUCCUCCCAGAGCACUGAUAGCAUCAAGCGCCGGCCGCAGCCCCAGAGAGGGGACGGGGAGGGGUGCAGUGGCAAAGCCGGCACCCAGAGCAGUGGCACAACCCGCCGAGCGGAGGCAGAAGGGAAGGAAGAUGAUGUCAGCAGCAUCAUGAAGAAGUAUCUGGGAAAAGACUAAGGAAGCACAAUUUGCAUAAUGAAACAUCCCAGUUUCUCCAGCCUUUGUUUCACUAAACAGCAGCGACCGACCUCGACACUGCACCGAGAGAGGAGCUGUGACCAGGCAAACCCAUUCCCUGCUGCUUUGGAAGAGUUCUCUGAUCGGAUAAUUUAAACAGAGACUGAAAGUGCCUCCCCAAAAGCCAUGAGAUGGUUUUACAGAUGAUGAGGCUUUAUUUUGUUUUUAAACAUACCCUGCUUUUCUUUACACCCCUGCCCUGUUUUCCCUACACUUUCGCUCAGGGCCAGCCACGGGGACGAGGGACUUUCUUGUUCUCCUGCAGUUGUUUGACUCAGGAGUUGGUGCUGUAAUUCAAACCCAGUGGCUGCCAGAGAUGCCUAAGAACAUGCCACAUUGGCCAGGGAAAGGCCACGCUGUAAAGAGCUGGAGCCACACCAGACCUUUGUAACCCAGACAAUGCAGCCCAAAUGCAGUCUCAUCCCACUGCUCAAAAAUCCGACAAAGGAUGCUUUUGGGUCUUGGUGUGACACCCAGCCAACAGCAGAGCCAGAGGGCUGGUCAAACCAGGCUGCACAUCGCCGAGCAUCUCUCUUUACAUGCUUUGCUUUUAUAUUUUUAGUUUUCAGUGGUUGAGAUUUUCUCCGAAGCUUUUCUAAUUCUGUAGAUAUUUGAAGACAGAUUCGUACAUGGUUUCAUGACUCCUGCCUGUUUGGGACAUCUGGGCACAUCCCCCUGGUGUGCAAGGCAGCUCUGCGGUGCGUGUGGUGAAAGGAGCCUGAAUUCCACUCUGUGCUUGCUUUUUACACAAUAAAAUAUUUGCUUC